AUGUUGGCAUCGGCUCUAGAGUUUAGAGAUGUACUUUCAAGAUAUGGGGACAUUGAUCCGAGGUUUCACUAUGUCUCAAGUGAGUAUGAGUGGAUGAAAGUUGAAGAAAUUUGUAAAUUUUUAGGUAUUUUUUAUGAGAUUACUAAUAUCAUUUCUGGAUCCGAUUACCCAACUACUAACCUUUUUCUUGUAGAGUUGUAUAGGAUUAAGAAGCUGUUAAAUGAAAAAGCUCUUGAUUUUUCUGAUCAUAUUAGAUCUAUGGCUAAAAGUAUGGCACAAAAAUUUGACAAGUAUUGGGGGGUGAGCAAUGUUUUGAUGUCUUUGGGUGCUAUUCUUGAUUCGAGGUAUAACAUGGUCCUUGUUAAUCAUACUAUUCUAGUUAUUUAUGGCGUGGAUGCAACCCCUAGGUAUAUUGAUGAGAUUAGACGCAUUCUUUAUGAACUCUAUAAUGAAUAUGUGGAUGCUCAUCUCAUGAUGAUUGUUAGUGAAAUUGACAAGGCUCUACCUGAAAAAUCAGAUUUAUAUGUCUGUUUGGAAGAGGGCAGUUAUGUUUGUGAUGCAAACGUAAAUCUUGAUGUCUUGGGUUGGUGGAAAGGGGAAAGGUGGAGGUUUCCUAUAUUGUCAAGGAUGGCAAGUGAUGUACUCACUAUUCCAGUUACAACCGUGGCCUUCGAAUCUACUUUCAAUGUUGGUGGUAGAAUAAUCGAUAAUUGGCGUGCUUCUAUGUCGGUUGAAACGGUGAAAAUGCUACUUUGUGGCAAUGAUUGGAUCCGCAAUCUUCAUAGGUUAAAAAACAAGUCUCAUGAACCACUUGAUGUUCCCGAAUCAUCUACAAUUGACGAAAUUGAUCUUCCAAACAUCUAA